AAAAUUCAGAAAAACUACGAGACAGAGUGACGAAUAAUCGGAAUUACUGGAAUAAAUAUGUUAAACAAUUCAUCCUUUUAACAGCGAUUAUGUUAUCGAAUGACUUAAAAUUUACUUUUGUAGUAGCCUGUUCGUUGGCUUUGUUUUUUUAAGUUCAUUUACUCACCACCAAAAAACUUGUAUACACAAAAAAGCAGUUAAACAGAUCAGAGAAUUACGAGUAGGUUUUGUGUCUGUUUGUAUCUAACAAGAAGACCAAAAAACGUCUACUUUUUCCUUUGUUUCUCAUUAAUUUCGCCCUAUUCAUGUCCUGCUUGUUAUAGAAAUGCGUAUCCUUGUAGUUGACUGUUAUGAUUCAUACACAUACAAUGUCUGUGAUAUGCUUCAGCGGAUAUCAAAAGAUAUCCACAUUGUCCUAGUUCACUGGGAUAAAAUUGCCGAAAAGAUUUGGAGUAACCUUCAUGUCUUCGACGCAAUAGUUAUUGGACCAGGACCGGGGCACCCGAAUGAUUAUUCCGCUGUGCUUAACAAAUUCUGGGAAACGAAUAUACCUACUCUUGGUAUCUGUCUUGGAUUUCAGUCUCUCUGCUUAUAUUAUGGCGCAACGGUAGAAAAAAUGAGCACACUUCCUUGGCAUGGACGUGCGGCGACAGUGAUAACAACUGGGGAAUCUAUUUAUCAAGGCGUCUCAGAAGUAAAAGGUAUGAGAUAUCACAGUUUAUAUGCACAUAAUAUUCCCGUGAAAGAUCUCACUAUACUUGCAACAACAAAAGAAGAUAAUUUAGCAGUGGCUGUCCAAGCGAAACGAGCUCCACACUACGGAAUUCUUUAUCAUCCUGAAAGCAUCUGCUCGACUCAUUCCCAAACUGUCAUUAACAACUUUCUUUUGCACGUUGUUAAACCCAGUACCGCCGAUCUUCCUACAUCCAUUUCUUCAUAUAACGUUCGUCCGACACCUUUUGUUGAUUACUCAGUUCAGCCCUGUUUCAAAGUUUGUACGCAAGAGCUUUCUUGGUUCGAUCCGCUCAGUUUCAUUGAAAAGAUAGAGCGCGACAAUUCAUUUUUUUGCUUCUUGGAUUCAGCAAAAGAACCUGGCGAAUUCUCUAUGCUUGGAUUCACUACUGGUCCGAAUGCCUAUACAAUUCACUAUCAAAAAUCCAUUGAUGAAACGACGUUUACGCAUUGCGUUUCUCAGCAACAAAACAAAAAACCGUAUAAUAUAUGGAAGGCGGUUGCCGAAUUUAUGAGCGAAAGGAAAGCUGUCGGAGGCUUAAAGCAGUUGCCUUUUCACGGCGGACUCAUGGGAGUGUUAGGCUAUGAAGCCAAUGAGAUGACAAAGAAAUCCGCAUCAGAGUAUUCAAGAGGGUUAAACGCUUUUGCGAGUAAAACCGCAGAAUCUUAUGUGGAUGCAGAACUCGCUUUUGUUGACCGCUCCUUUGUUUUUGACUUAGUACAGAAGCGUGUUUACGCUCAGACCCUUAUAAAAGAGGAACAAACUCUUGAGAAUUGGUGGGACGAAUUACUUUUAUCAGAUUCCGAUGCUACAUCCAAUUCUUUGAGUCAUAAAGGGGACCAACCAAAAACACCGACUGUUACUAUUUCCGAUAGAAAAUCCUACUGUAAAAAAGUACAAGACUGCCAGUCUUAUCUCCUGUCUGGCGAUUCUUAUGAACUGUGUCUCACAGAUCAUAUUUUAGUCCAACCUUCCAAAUCUAUUCACGAUUUUGACUUAUAUAAAAGAAUUCGCAAUCACAAUCCUGCUUCUUAUGCUGGCUUUAUGCGACUGCCUCAUAUAACACAUUUAUCCGCCUCUCCUGAACGCUUUUGCAAAUUUGAAAAUGGACACUGUCACUUUUCACCUAUUAAAGGCACUUUGAAACGGACACCAACAACAAAUAUAGAAGUUGCUAAAGAGACGCUGCUUAAUGUUAAAGACUCUAGUGAGCUGAACAUGAUUAUUGACUUAAUCCGUAAUGACCUUUACCAACUUGCAACUGUUAACUCCGUUUCUGUGCCACAGCUUUACUCUGUCGAAGAGCAUCCAACAGUAUAUUCUUUGGUUUCUCAUAUAUAUGGUGAUAUAAAAGCUCCUACUACUGGUUGGGACGUUUUGGCACACAGCUUCCCUCCAGGUUCAAUGACAGGUGCGCCAAAACUUCGCAGCAUACAGUUGUUAGAGGAACUUGAAUCACUUCCGCGAGGUGUAUAUUCGGGAAUAUUUGGGUAUUGGGAUGCGUCACUUGAGAAAGGUGAGUUCAGUGUUAUUAUUCGUUCUACCUUCCGCUAUCACAAUGAAAACAUUUGGCAUAUUGGUGCAGGAGGCGCCAUCACAGUUCUAAGUACACCUGACGGUGAAUUCGAUGAAAUGCUGUUGAAGGUGAACAGUGUGCUGCCAGCAUUCAGCAAGUCAAAUUAAUCAAAACCUUAUAAUGUUGUUUGUUUCUUGUGUCGUAUUUGUUAUUCAAAAGCAAUACCGCUACCAUUUUAUUCAUAAACUUGGAAGUGGCACUUGCUAAACGUUCAUAUAUUUAUCACUGUCUUAAUGCAGAAAACACUUCAUAAUUCGUUUGAUAACAACAUGCCCAUAUAUAUUAUAAACUGUUACUUCAUUUAAUAUAGAAUUUAGAAAAGUUUUAAGCUCCAUUGUUAAUAUCAAAGAUGUGUGAACAGAAAAAGCAG